CACGUCCUAAAGACACUUAGGAGAGAAGAAACUAAAAAAAAAAAGGCAACGCAUCAGAUCACCCUUUCUUCUUCUUUAGAUUGGAUCUGCCGAGUACGGUGGUGCAAUGUCUAGCUACCAGUCUCCUUCCUUUGACGACGGCGGGGAGGUUAAUCCUUUUGCGAAUCCUUCAACUGUUCCUGCUGCGUAUGAGCACACCACUGAUAUUCCUCUAGACUCUCGGAAGGAUCUGAAAGCUAAGGAGAAGGAACUCCAGGCAAAAGAAGCUGAUUUGAAGAGGCGAGAGCAGGAACUCAAGCGGAAAGAGGAUGCUAUAGCACAGGCCGGGAUUGUGAUAGAAGACAAAAACUGGCCACCGUUUCUUCCUCUCAUCCAUCAUGACAUUUCGAAUGAGAUUCCCAUCCAUCUCCAGAGAAUCCAAUAUGUUGCAUUCACAUCGUUUCUGGGUCUUGUGGUGUGCCUGUUAUGGAACAUUGUUGCAGUCACCACCGCGUGGAUUAAGGGAGAAGGUCCAACCAUAUGGUUUCUAGCUAUUAUCUAUUUCAUAUCGGGGGUUCCUGGAGCGUAUGUUAUGUGGUAUAGACCUCUUUAUCGUGCCAUGAGGACUGAUAGUGCUCUCAAGUUUGGGUGGUUUUUCUUAACAUAUCUGUUUCACAUAGGGUUUUGUGUAUUCGCGGCGGUGGCUCCUCCAAUUAUCUUCAAGGGGAAGUCGCUGACGGGAAUAUUACCGGCGAUUGACGUGUUGAGCGGGAACAUAUUAGUUGGGAUAUUCUACUUCAUUGGGUUUGGAUUCUUUUGCCUGGAGUCACUCGUGAGCAUCUGGGUUAUUCAGCAAGUAUACAUGUACUUCAGAGGGAGCGGUAAAGCAGCAGAGAUGAAGCAGGAGGCAACAAGACGAGCAAUGAUGGCAGCUCUCUGACCACACACUCCCUUGAGUCUUAACCAUGAAGAUACCAUACAGACAGAUCCUCUCCUUUUCACUCUUCUUUUGCUUCAUUUAACUAAAUGUAACCAAAACUUCUUGAUUUCUUUUUAACCAUCAUCUUUGAAAGGAGCCCCAAAAUACUGAUUUCAUAACUACGCAACGUAUGGGUAACCUUACUACAAGGAUAGGUUAUCAUA